CCGGCGGCGGCGGGAUACUACGGAGUUUGUCGCCGGAAGUGCCGCGCAAUUACCACAGAGAGCCGGCUGGGCUCGCUAGCUAGAGGGGCUCGUUUCCGCCGCUGCGGGGUGGGGCGGCCAUCUUGGGUUCGCGUCGGGGCCGGUCCUCUGCUCCCCACCUACCAGGGUCGGACCGAGCCCUUCCUCGCGGGGCGGGGACCUCCCAACGGUCGACUCCUUUGCAGGUGAACGGUAACCCAGGUAUCUGGCCCGGCUCCCUGCCCUCGCAGCCAAGCAGAAGAUAAAAGUUGUGAAAACAGCGACUCAGUAUCAUGGCCAGCAGCCUUAAUGAAGAUCCAGAAGGAAGCAGAAUCACUUAUGUGAAAGGAGACCUUUUUGCAUGCCCCAAAACAGACUCUCUAGCCCACUGUAUCAGUGAGGAUUGCCGCAUGGGCGCUGGGAUAGCUGUCCUCUUCAAGAAGAAAUUUGGAGGGGUGCAGGAGCUGUUAAAUCAACAAAAGAAGCCUGGAGAAGUGGCUGUUCUGAAGAGAGAUGGGCGAUACGUAUAUUACUUGAUCACAAAGAAAAGGGCCUCACACAAGCCAACUUACGAGAAUUUACAGAAGAGCUUAGAGGCCACGAAGUGCCAUUGUCUGAAGAAUGGAGUCACCGACCUUUCCAUGCCCAGGAUUGGAUGUGGUCUUGAUCGUCUGCAAUGGGAAAACGUAUCUGCAAUAAUUGAGGAAGUAUUCGAGGCGACGGACAUCAAAAUCACUGUGUACACACUGUGAAAAAAUGAAGAACAUUUUGGUCCUUGUUCUCUGGUGUCCUCCCUGCUUGGCCAUAAGAUUGAGCCAGCUCACCUGAGAAUGGGGAGAGGAAGAUUUUCGUGUGAAGUAGUGUCAUAGAGCAGGCUGGGGCUGCUGUCUUCUCAUGUUUGGACUAGGAUUCUGGAGGAGGGACUGCUUGGGGAUGUGGCUGUGUUUUCUGCAGCAGGUUCAGGAGUAGGAGGCCUGAUGUUAGGCAGGAAACCCAGAGAGUGGGUGGGACCCAUCACCCGCUUUCGGCUCCAAUGUGCUCAUUUCGACGGCUGGCCACUAGGUGGCAGCAUUGAUUCUAUUUCUCUGCUUUAUGAGAAAUUUCAGGAAUGGUGAACUUUGAAUUACUUGGGGAUCUUGUUUGUGUGCUUACCUUAGUAUUAUGCAUCAGAUUCAUCCUAGGAGAGAAUCGUGAGUUUUUUUUUUUAAUUACAAAAUUAUGUCUGACAUUGUUACCAUGGAAUUUUUGGUGAUAAAAAUGGAAAAAUAAAUUUUGGGGUUCAUUGAGGUUCUGUGCUUGUGCCUGUGUGGAUCAGGAAUGGGGUGACCACCGAGGAUAAAUCUGUAGCUUUAUUUGGAAGGGCCCAGCAGGGCACACUGGGAAGAGCAGCAAUGGAAGAAGAAAGAAUGGAUAGGAACAAGGGAUCGGCAUAGUUGGAGGGCUGGGUCUGGCUGUCAUGGUGCACCCCUCCCUCUUCUGCCUAGUUCCUAUCAUUGAGAACAGCGGACUUCGUCUUGAAAUAAUACAUAAGUGCCUGGCAUAGCUCAGCGCAGAGUAAUGACUCCAUGAAUCAGCGAUUCUCAGCAUGGGAGCCACUGGACCAAUGAGGCAUUUUUGUUUUUUCGCUUGCUGUGGUGCUGAAAGUUAAAACAGCCAAACUGGCUGCUGAUUUUCUCCCUGGAGUGAAUGGGCCGUCUGCUACAUUCCCUAGUGCAAAAGAACAACUGGAUUUUAGAAGGGGGACUUGUUAGGACACCAGGAAAGCACUGGUUAAGUAUAGCCUUGGGACUUUAGACCGGCAUUCUUAUCACGUUUCAGCCUGAUAGGGCAGUGGUUUCCAAACCUCUUGCUUUAUGUCUCUGUGUGGUGCUGCAGGUUUCAGAGUGGUGUAGGGUAGGUUCUUCAGCAAACUUAGGCUGUGGCUUUUCUUGAAGCUUAGCUUCUGUAUACAUAAAGUGGAAUUGGAGGGAAGAAAGGAGGGAGGGAAUGUCUGCACAAAAUUGAAAAUGAAACGACCAAUAAACAAUUGAAAUAGUUUAACUCUGACACACACACACACACACACACACACACACACACACACUUCUUU